AUGCUCUCGCUCGUCGCCGCGCGACGGCCAGCGCCGCCGCUCGCGCCGUGUCCCGCAGUUUGCUCAGCACUCCGCGAUGCGCCCAGAGUUCUCCAUCUUGACCGCCGCAUCGCCGCACCGAACGUGGUCCGGCUGCCCAUGCCGGCGGCGGCGCUGGACGCGGCGCGUGCUGCCUUCGACGGCGCGAUCCGCCCACACCUGGAGCGCAAUUUGAUCGAGGAUCUCGAGGCGCAGCCCGUGCCGUGCUCGCAGCUUCGCUCUGCGUACGGCAACUUCUUCGUGAUGCGUGGAGGCUCUUCGACUGACGAGAAUAAGAGGCACUCCUCCGACCUGGCGUGGAUCAGCGUCGACGACAUGCCGACGUGGGAGGCCUUCCGGAAGAUCUUUGACCUGUCGGGCGUCGCCGACGCGGUCCGGCCUCUGGUGGACUGCGACGAGGGCAUCCGGCUCUACUCGUCCUUCUACGUCGUUCGCUCGCGCUGCGCGUCGGCCAACCUGCACGUCGACUGGGGCGACGGCGUGGGCACGAAUGCCUUCACGCUGCUCGCGCCGCUCGAGGAUUACUCUGGCGUCGACGACUUCCAGCUGCUGUACGAGGCCUCCGCGGCGCGCGAGGCGGUCGCGGGUGGAGUGGGCGGCGGCGACGGGGGGCUCGCGCAGUACCGAUACAGGCUCGGCGAGGCGAUCGUUUUCGGAUCGCACUUCUAUCACUCGACGGAGCCCGGCGCGUCUGCGGGCGGCGCGGCGGCGCCGCACGUGUACCUGUGCUUCACCUUCGGGUCGGACCGCGCCUCCUUUUUCGAGGAGCACAUCGCGCCCACCAUCUCGGGCUACCAGAGCCGCCUGCUCGUGGCCGCGGACGGGAGCGUGCGCCUCACCGAGCUCGGCCGCCACCUCGAGGCCGAGGCCGCGCGGGGGCACCCGCCGCCGUGUCGCGACGCAGUGUGA